CGGACUCCGGGCGGGAAGUGGGGGCCGCGGGCUUCAGUCAAGGCUCCUACCCCCAGAGUCGAGUGGCCCAACAUGAAGUCCAGCCCCUCCAUCCAAGCCGCCAUCGACCUCACGGCAGGGGCUAUCGGGGGCACCGCGUGUGUCCUGACCGGGCAGCCCUUUGACACAAUAAAAGUGAAGAUGCAGACGUUUCCCAGCCUGUACCGGAGUCUCACCGACUGCUUCCUGAAGACCUACAGACAAGUGGGCUUCUGUGGCCUCUACAAGGGAACCAGCCCUGCGCUGAUGGCCUACGUUAGCCAGAGUUCUGUCCUAUUCAUGUGCUACGGCUUCUGUCAGCAGUUUGUCAGGAAAGUUGCUGGACUGGACAAGCAGACAGAGCUGAGUGACCUUCAGACUGCCGCUGCAGGGUCCCUGGCCUCUGGGUUUGCUGCCUUGGUUCUCUGCCCCACUGAGCUUGUCAAGUGCCGGCUGCAGACAAUGCAUGAAAUGGAGAUGUCAGGGAAAAUAGCAAAAAGCCAUAACUCAAUCUGGUGUGUUGUGAAGAAUAUCCUUAGGAAGGAUGGCCCGUUAGGCUUCUACCAUGGAUUCUCGACCACUCUCAUUCAGGAGAUACCAGGCUAUUUUUUCUUCUUUGGUGGCUAUGAACUGAGCAGAACAUUUUUGGCAUCUGGGAGAUCAAAGGAUGAACUAGGCCCUGUCCCUCUGAUGUUAAGUGGUGGAAUUGCUGGAAUCUGCCUCUGGUUUGUCAUAUUCCCAGUGGAUUGUAUUAAAUCUAGAAUUCAGGUUCUUUCCAUGCAUGGAAAACAGGCAGGAUUUAUUGGAACUCUCAUAAGCAUUGUGAGAAAUGAAGGAAUCCUAAUCUUAUAUUCUGGACUGAAAGCUACCCUUAUUAGAGCAAUCCCGUCCAAUGCUGCACUGUUUUUGGCCUAUGAAUACAGCAGGAAGAUGAUGAUGAGCCAAUUGGAAGCAUCCUGAAAUGUCGGUGGACCUCGA